AUGGUUAUGCAUAACUCUAAUGACUCCAGAAAAGGGAAUAUUUGGUUGUUUUGGAAUUCAUCUCUUUCAAGACCAAUAGUGAUUUCUUCCUCAAAUCAAGCUAUUACUGUUCAAGUGGGGGAUGUUAUGGUCACUGGAAUUCAUGCAGUUUGUCUCACUGUUGAUAGAAGAGAAUUAUGGGAAGAUUUGUUUAAUAUUAGCCAAAAAGAUUGCCCCUGGAUGAUAAUUGGGGACUUCAAUGUAGUUUUGAGCUAUGAAGAAAAAAUUGGAAGAAGAAGACCACUUAGAAUCUCAAUGCAGGAGUUCAGGAAUUGCUUGGAAUCAUGCAAUCUUAUUCAAGAUACAAGAACAUGUAUUAGAUAUUCUUGGUGCAAUAACAUAUCAGGAUUUCUUGAUGUAAUUAAAGAUGCAUGGAACGAAGAGAUUUUAGGUAAUCCAGCUUUUUCUUUCAUGAGCAAGAUAAAGAGAUUAAAGGAUGUAUUGAAGAAGUGGAACUGGGAGAUAUUUGGUGAUCUCAGAGUUAAAAUGAAUACUACUGAAGAUGAGGUUCUAGCUGCAACCUUAUUGUCAUAUGCAGAUCCUGAAAAUACUAUAUUACUAAAUAAUCUGGUUACAGCAAGGGGCAAACAAGAAAUGGUUUCCAAACAAUAUAAUGAGCUAAUGAGGGACAAAGAUAGAAUUAAGUGGGUCAAGAAAGGUGGUGCUAAUAUAGAUUUCUUUCAUGCCUCAAUUAAAAUAAGGAAAUCUCACAAUAAUAUAACAGAAAUGGAGAACACAUAG